GGUCAUCCUGGAGGGGGCAGCUCCACUGCCAGGGCUCUGAGGAGGUGGGCUUAGGGCAGGGGGUGCUGGGGAGUAUAGGAGAGUGGGCGCUGAAGGCAUGGGCACCCCCUGGGAACAUGGGCCAGCUAAGGAAAGAUGUGGGCAGGAGUUUCAGACCAGUCACUCGCUGGUAUGCUAUUGCCUCAAAGACCAAAUGUCCUGAGGCUUGAGAGCUUCUGCAAAUGCAGGUGCUUGUUGGGUCCUGGGGCCUUACUUCUCCCUCUGCCCUGUGCAGGAGGCUCUCUAGGCUGUCUUCAGCCUCCCCCCCACGGCAAGGAGGCUCUGCUUACCAACCUGCUCUCUUUUACAGCCUCCAGAGGCUUCUCCAAGGAUCUGGAGAACGGAGACAACUCCAGCAUUUUAAUUAACUACAAAGUCGUGGAGCUUUUCCCCAAUGGCUGCCGAGUUCUCAUAACAUGCAACACAACACAGAUGCCCCGACCAAUCACCUACCACCUCUGGGAUAGUCAGGGCACAACAGUGGCCGAGAAGGUGGUGAAUACCAGUGACCCAGCCUCCUUCACCAUCAACAUCACACUGGAAUCCAGUUCAGAACUGCUCAGCUACUCCUGCCACGUGGACAUCACAUCCAGCCAGAUGGCCACCAGUGACAGGCUGCAGAUAGACAGGCGGCUGUGCACCACGCCACUGUCUCAGCUGCAGGCCAAAUUCACCCUAGUGUACACAAAGUCAGGCCCCAUGGUGGAGGUGAUCUGCCAGGCGUCCUCGGGCAGCCCAUCUAUCACCUACAGCCUGGUCCAGAAGAACGGGAGCAUCCACAGUAAGCAGAUACAAUCCCAUGGGCAGCCUGCCAAGUUCUUCUUCCCGCUGGCCAGGAUGGCCACCUGCCUCCAGUGCCAGGCGGAAAAUGGCAUAAGCAUCCUGUCCAGCACCUUCAUGAUGAUACCCUCAGAAACGCAGCUCCAUCGUUCCACCUUGGUACUAGCAGGCAGCCUCACCAUCAUAGCCUUAACCUCUGGAAUGCUGGCCUGGGGCCUGUGUGUCAGGAGGACUACACCAUCAGUCUCUCAGACGUGGUGACAGGAGACACAUGCUGGGCCUCCUGGGGCCUCUUCAGCCGCGGCGACCACUGCCUCCUUGAACUUCCCUUCUGAGGCACUGCUCUUCUGGUUCUCCUCCUUGCCCCUUCCGUGGACAAUGCCCAGCACUCUGUUCUUGGCAUCUCCCUGUCUCAGCUGGGUCCUUCCUGCCAUGCCACUCACAGGUGAGGUGUGUCACCUCUCUGAGCCUCAGGUUUCCCCUCUAUAAAACGUGCAUAGAGACGUGGCUCCAGCUUGCUCCAACUUGCCAUGUGGCCAGCGCUUGCCCCUCGCUGACUCAGCCCCCGCUUUGUUUGUGGAGAGUCAGCCUCAUGUCCCUCCUUCUGCCCUGGGCACAGAUGUGCCCAGCUCCAUGAAAGUCAGGGGCCUCAGAAAGGGUGGCUGAGAGGGUGCUUGCCCACUGGCUCUCAAUGCCCUUGCAAACGAGGUUGUCAGCGAACCAGAAGAUACAGUGGACAGAGCCUCCAGGCCAGCCCAGCCCUUGCCAACAGACCGACGGUCCUCCAGUAAAGAAAAGAUUGCCAGCCUGACUCUGGACGCCCCGGCCGCCUUCCGGAACACACAGGGUUGUAGCUCUGAGGGUUUCUGCCACAGAUGCAGUUACCUCCUUAGGAUGGGGGUGGGGGCUGUAAGAGAAAGAGAGCUAGAUGGAAGGGGGGGUGGGUCUGUGCAGUUGUCCUCACCUCUCAUCCGCCUGUCCCAUCCAUCCAGGACUAUGGGGUGGAGGAUACACAGUGUGACAGCGCCCAGCUGCCCGAACCCACCCGAGGGUCCAACUCUGACCUGGUCACCUUCCCCUCCCCAGCUCCUGGAGCGGUACCCCGUCUCCAGGUGGCCCGGUCCUCUGGCUCCAUCCACUCACCCUUCACACCGUGGAGGCUCACCUGGGCCUUACUCUGGGUCCCAUGUGGACUGCGCCCCCAUUAACCUGUAACUAGCAAAGGGUGUCUGGAACUCCUCUUUCCCAGACCCCCUGUGGCUCCUGGGAACCCUCCGUUCUAGAACUGUUUGGGGAAUUAAACUGGAUUAAGCUCUGCCCCCUGCCUGUCGCCCUGGGAACUUCCCUUCUGUCUGUACACCAUCUUGGAGCCUGGAAGUCUGAAUCCACACAGCCCAGGACGGCUUCGGAAAGCACUGGGGGCCAGCCGAAGAUCCAUGACCCCACCCCAGACUUGGCUCCAGAAGGGAAGAAAGAGCAGCCGGGAGACCCUCGGGCUUUGAGUGGGAUGGGGUGGGGGGGAGCGUCCUGGACAGGUGAAGUUCCGAGUGGGCGCCGGAUGUGGCUUCCAGGAGGAGCAGGCGUCGGGGCGGAGCAAGGAGGGCGGGGCCGGGGACUCUCCAGUCGGUUCCUCUCCGUCUGGGGACUCGCUGGCCCUUCCUGGGUCGGCCUGGGGGCCGGGCUGCAGGCCAGCGAGGGAGGGGGCCGAGCACCCACUAGGAGGUGGGUGGGCGAGGCGCACUGGGUGGCG